GGGGCGGGGCCGCACGGCGGGAGCCGGUUGAGCGCCGCGGCCUCUGCACAGGCGGGCGCCGCGGGAGCCCCGGGUCGCCCGAUCCCCGCGCAGGGACCGGCCGGCGGGCGGGCGAGGGCCCCGCACACGGGAGGGGAGCGGCUCCCGGAGGACGCGCGCCGGCAGGACGGCGGCCAGACCCGCGCGCGCAGCGGCGGCAGCCGCGGCAGCAGAGCAGGUGUGCUGGGGACAUCCUGGUCACGUGCCCGCAGAGACCCGCACCCCCAGGUGCGGGCCAAGUGUGGCAUCGGCAGUGGCUAAGAAGAUACCCCCCGUGGGGGGGCUUGGUGUCUAGCCUGGGGGAAGUGCCGCAGAAGUGGGCACCCUGCAGACGAGAUGGGACUCGGGAAACACCCUCAUUCCCUAAAGGAGCUGCCACCGUGCCCGGGGAUCGCGGCACAGCGGGAGAUGGAAGAGGAGCCAAGUCCCGAAUCUGAACUUGCAAGGACGGAAGCAGGACCCUGAGCCCAGAGGCGUCCCGGGCCAGGGGGGGUGCUGCGGGCCACCGCAAAGCUGCUUUUUUUUUUUUUUUUUGGUCCCCCGCCGUCACCGCUCCCGGGUCCCAAGCAUCCCGAGCAUCCCCGUCCGGUGGGCCUCAGCAUGGGCCUCUCGGCCUCGGCCCCGCUCUGGGGGCCCCCGGGGCUGCUCCUGGCCGUCGCCCUGCACCCGGCUCUGUCGCCGCACCCCGCCGAGGCCGGUGCGGGCGCGCCCCGGGACUACUGCGUGCUGGGCGCGGGGCCCGCGGGGCUGCAGAUGGCCUAUUUCCUGCAGCGGGCCGGCAGGGACUACGUGGUGCUGGAGCGCGCCUCGAGCCCCGGCAGCUUCUUCACGCGCUACCCGCGCCACCGCAAGCUCAUCAGCAUCAACAAGCGCCACACGGGCAAGGCCAACGCCGAGUUCAACCUGCGCCACGACUGGAACUCGCUGCUGAGCCACGACCCCGCGCUGCUGUUCCCCCGCUACUCCGACGCCUACUUCCCCGACGCCGGCGACAUGGUGCGCUACCUGGGCGACUUCGCCCGCCGCCUGGGCCUCCGCGUCCUCUUCAACACGGACAUCGCCCACGUGGCGCUGGACAAGGAUCGGGCGGCCUGGAACGGACACUACUUCGUCCUGACUGACCGGAAGGGCCAGGCCUACCGGUGCAGCGUCCUUUUUGUCGCCACCGGUUUGUCUGUCCCCAACCUGGUCGACUUCCCCGGCUCCGAGCACACGGAGGGGUACGAGUCUGUGUCCGUGGACCCCAAGGAUUUCGUGGGGCAGAACGUGCUGAUUCUGGGCCGCGGGAACUCGGCCUUCGAGACGGCCGAGAGCAUCCUGGGGGUCACCAACUUCGUCCACAUGCUGAGCCGCUCGCGGGUCCGCCUCUCCUGGGCCACACACUACGUGGGCGACCUCAGGGCCAUCAACAACGGCCUGCUGGACACCUACCAGCUGAAGUCCCUGGACGGCCUCCUGGAGUCCGAUCUGAGGGACCUGGCUCUGGUCAAGGACCGCGACGGCAAGCUCCACGUCACGCUGCGCUACUUCCUGGAGGGGGCCAACCAGAGCGCCGACGCCGUCCCCCUCCCCCAGGACGACAGCGACAACUUCGCCCUGCGCGUCGCCUACGACCGCGUCAUCCGCUGCCUCGGCUGGAACUUCGACUUCUCCAUUUUCAACCAGUCCCUCCGCCUCUCUUCCGAGGGUGAGCUCAGUAAGAAGUACCCCCUCGUCAGAGCCAGCUACGAGUCCCGAGGAACCCGGGGCCUCUUUGUCCUGGGCACGGCCAGCCACUCGGUGGAUUACCGGAAGUCAGCCGGCGGCUUCAUCCACGGCUUCCGGUACACAGCUCGCGCCGUGCACCGGCUCCUGGAGCACCGCCACCACGGCCUGGCCUGGCCGGCCACCCGGCUCCCCGUCACCCAGCUCUGCAGCGCCAUCCUGCGGCGCGUGAACGAGGCGUCGGGGCUCUACCAGAUGUUUGGGGUGCUGGCUGACAUCGUCCUGCUGCAGGAGAAUGCCACCGAGUUCGAGUACCUGGAGGAGUUCCCCAUGCAGAUGCUGGCACAGCUGGAGUCGCUCACGGGCCGGCGGGCCCCGCACGGGCUCCUGGUCAUCGUCCUGGAGUACGGCCGCAACUUCUCGGGGCCCGACAAGGACGUCUUCUUCCCCGACCGCUCGGUGGGGCACACCCAGGACGCCUGGCAGUCCAACUUCCUGCACCCCGUCAUCUACUACUACCGGCACCUGCCCACCGAGCAGGAGGUGAGGUUCCGGCCCGCGGAGUGGCCGCUGCCCCGGCCCGCGGCCAUCCACCACAUCGUGGAGGACUUCCUGACGGACUGGACGGCCCCCGUGGGUCACAUCCUGCCCCUGCGGCGCUUCCUGGAGAACUGCCUGGACACGGAUCUGCGAAGCUUCUAUGCAGAUUCCUGUUUCGUCUUCGCCCUCACCCAGCGGAAGCUGCCACCCUUCUGCCAGCAGGGCUACCUCCAGGCACGGGGGCUCGUGGGCACGGAGCGCCUCCGGCAGCGGCGAGCAGACAGCGGGCUCCUGGGGAAGGCCAGGUGGUGGCCGGGCCGCCGUGGGCCAGCUCAGCGGCCCCUGGGGGCUGCCACUGCCCCUGAGUCCCCCCACGAGAGCCACAGGGAGGAGCUGUAGCAGGUGGGCUGCCCGCCCUCCCCCGACCCCGGGGUCUGCGACCACACCUGCGCCCGCCCAGCUUGGAGCUUGGGGUGCCCUCGAGCUGGGCACAGCAGCAGCUGUGCCAGCCGGAAGUCGCUUCUCCCACCUGGCCUGGGCUCCGCCCAAGAUGUAGCUGGGCAUUGCCAGGCAGUCUCAGUUCCGGGGGCAGCUGCCCAGCACUCCAGCCCCCCCUUCUCCAGAGAGGCCGGGGUCUUCGGGGGUCCCGCCUGCCUGCCCACCACGGAGCAUCUCCCUCGGUAUCAGAAGGGGGAGGGGCGCAGGGCCACGUCUGCCCCCCCCCUCAAGGGAAGUCAGCGAGGUGGAGGGUCCCCAGGCCCAGAGGUAUCUCCAGCUCCUGCUCAUACCCUGCUCCCGUGCCCAGAGCCCAGGCCUGCCCACCCGACUCCCCCUGCUGGACCCAGACAGCUGCCUCCGUGCACCCCGUCUGUGCUGAUCCCCCCCCACCACAGGUUUUCUGUGCUUUUUUCCCCCCUGUACCUCUUUCCCAGCCUCCUCUGGGCUGGCAUCUGGUGUGGGCAGCAAGCAGCCCCACGCACUGUUGUCCGGUGGUGAUGGGGGGAGGGGGGAUUCUUGCACCAAAUCUGCACAGUCGGGUCUCAGUGCCACGCGUGGCCCAUGCAGCUGAUGGAGUGUGGGCAUGUGGUGCUCAGAUACCCCCGAGGUUCCAGGAACAAGCCCAGAGCGCCUCCCCUCCCCCACCCCGGCCGUGGGCUCCACCCCUCGAGCCAGCUCUGGGCGCCAACCAGCAGGUACUUUGUGUUGUUGUGGGGGGGAGCCAUGGCCAGCAGCCCUCAGGACUCACCCCGGGCUCUGCCCUCAGGAAUCGCUCCUGGUGGCACUUGAAGGACGCUACAGGAUGCUGGGGAUCGAACCCGGGUCAACCGCGUACAAGGCAGAUAGAUGCCUUCCACGCAGGACCGUGGCUCUGGCUCCGCCCAGCCCACCAGGAUGAGUGAGUGGUGGCAGAGCCUUACACAGAAAUGCAUCCGACCCACACCGAGCCAGUUUCACGGGGGCACCCCAGACGGAGCAGGUGCAGCCCCCCUGCCCCCUCCGGAUGGAGUCCUGGUGACCAAGAGCUUCCGCAAGCAAGACCCGGGUAUGCGGGUGCCAGGACUGAGUCUCCGGGCUGCACGGCGGCAGGAGAGUCGGGCUGCCUCUCCCCGGCUCCCCACCCGCUGGGCACCCUGGCAGUCACACCCACCAUUUGCCACCGGGUGCCAUCCUAGCGCACCGACAGCCCUGGUCCAGAGACUCCCAGUUGAAUCCCAGAAUGGAUCCGUGCCCUACAGAGAUGCCUCUGGAACCCACCCAUUUAUAAAUGUUAGAAUUCCAGGAGCACGUGGCCGCUUUUGUGGCCACAUGACCUCUCAUGAUAUUCAAAAUGAGCAAUUGGGAAACAAGUUAUCUAGCAUCUGCCCCUGGCAGGCGGGCUUGAAUGGUGGUGGGGAAAAAUUUGAGCAAAAUAGAAUGCCCAAAAGUAAAAGAAAAAGUAUUGGGGGAAAUUUGUCUGCCCUAGAGGCAGGGUGAGGACUGGGAUGGGCGGAAUCCUGGGGACGUUGGUGGUGGAAAAUACGCACUGGUUGGAGGGAUGGGUGUUCGAUCACUGUGUGACUGAAUCUCAAACAUGAAAGCUGUGUAACUGUAUCUCACGGUGAUUCAAUUAAAAAAAAAUAAAUAAAUUUGAGGAGCCUCAAUACCAGUACCACAGCCCUUCUCCGGCCCUGUCUGAAGUCCCGGCAAGCGUCCCUGAGUCCAGGGGCCUGGCUGGGUUCAGCGUUUCAAGUGCUCUCAGCCCGGCGACGUCAUUUUCAGCCUUCCCAGGCCUUUGUCAACAAGAAAGACCUUGAUGGUCGGGGCUGGGUCCACACAGCCACGUGAGGCCCAUCCAGGCGCCAGUGCCCGAGGCAAGAAAGGCUGCCACUGCGGGGAACGGGGUGCCUAGACCCGGGAUGUCCACUGAUGUCCCUGUGGCUGUCGGGGUCUCAGAGGACACGCGCCUCC